AUGCAGCCAAAGAGCACCAACGAUGGGGAGACGACAUCAUUCCUCAACCGGGAUCACAUUAAAGAGACCGCGAGGAGGAAGGGAAUGACCUACCUUCUGCUGGCCAAUCUCUUCGUGUUCACGAUGUCAAUGUUGACAUUGAUCUGCGCUGUAUACUCCCAGAGAUCGCAGUCCACCUACUCCGCAGCAAGACUGAUGGACGAGUUUGGAGUCUUCUCGCCAGCUAUGAACGUUGUCGAAUACAAAGAAGUCGAGUUCAAACUCCCCAGCCCUGUCAACACCUCCAAGUACGUCGGCGUGUCUCAGGAUGUCAACAACGCUUGGUUGGAUAUUGCGUAUGUUCCUGACCAGAUGGUCUCUGUGGAUGACUUCCCCAAGCUCAAGAAGCCUAUGGACUCUGUCAAGGUCAAAGAUCCCAAGUCCGACGAGACGGGAUACCGUGUGGGGCUCGAGGUCUUCCACCAGCUACAGUGCCUCAACCUCUUGAGGAUGGCGACAUACCCGGAGCACUACACGAAGCUCCAGUCGGACGAAACCAGCAAGCCCGAAGAAACAGAUGCUAACAGCUCUCAAGACCAUUGCGUAGAGGUUCUCCGCACUAAGCUCAUGUGUGCUUCCGAUGUUAGCGUAUUCACGUACCAUGCCAUGCCGGGGCAGCAAGCUCCAAUGCCUGACUACGAUUCGAAACACGUCUGCCGAAACUUCGACAAGAUUAAGCAAUGGGCCACAGACAACGCGAUGCCAGCUUUGUAG